GCAGUAACAGCGGCGGCGGUGGCGAUGGCGGUGGCGACGGCGGUGGUAGUGGCGGCGGCAGCGGUGGCGGCGGUGGCGGCGAUGGCGGUGGUGGAAGCGGCGGCGGCGGCGGCGGCGACGACUUCCCGGGCCGAGCGAAUUGGUCUCCAUGGGAACCAUCCCGAAGCCAAUCCGGGGUGCAUUCGUCGAGAGUUGAAAGACCUGCAAUUCAAUCGAGUUCUGGAGUAUAAAUUAAACAUUUCGUCGUUCUACACAAUAGAAAACUUUCAACGAAGAAGAACAAUUCGUUUCUCCAUAACGAUGUUUCUGCAUUCUCGAAGAACACAUGAACGCGGUAUUCGAGACUUCUUGCUCUCUGAUAAGUAAAUUAAUGUUAUUUAAAUUUGAUUCACUUUUAUUUGACAUAAUUUUUUCUGUUAAACGUAUCACUCAUAUUCAUGUUAAUAUUUAUAUUAAAAUUUUAUUAUAAUGCUUUUUCGUCGCUAUCGAAGGAUCCCACUUUUGCUAGUGAUCCAUCAUAACAUCCAUUGAUUCUCGUCGCUAUUUUUCUUUAUUCUCCGAUUUUUCCAACUAUACCUCUUAGUUUCUAAGCGCGGCAUACGCGUUCUAUCUUUAUUCAGCUCUCGUUUAUUUCAGUCCACGAAGCUGUCGCUGGAUCCAUAAAGCGACGAUGGUGACAUGUCGAUCGUUACGUGACCCUACAGAUGUUAUUACGUGUCCCAUUACCCCUGCUUCGAAUACUCAGCAACUCAAUUCGACGAUCCGCAAAGGUGUAUUUCGUUCACUGCACCAAGGCAUUCAAGUCUGGCGAAUUACGCGAUGCGUUUUGUGUUUGAUAUACGCCAAAGAUGACAUAAAUUUUCUUUCAGAGCUGGAAUUUAGA